UCCCCAAACUCCCUUCGCUUUUCUCCAUUGCAACUUUUGCAGGGACUCCACAGACAUGUUGGCCGUCAGCUGAAGCGACCCCGCGGCUCGGCUCAACUUCCGAGCCAAAAAAACCAGUUCGGGAUCGGCGGGGCUUUGCUGCGGAGACCCUCCUCGGACACGUCGGCCCGAAGACGGAGCCUAAAAGUGAGCAGAAAGUGAAGGCUGCCCGAGGAUUGCUCUCCUCCGUUCGGAUGAAUCGGGCCAGUAAUGCAGGAGGAACCUCUUCUGUCAGCCGAUCAAGAUGGCAGAUUUUUAUUGAGUUCUGAGCUCCGCUCUCCCCCCAUUUAUUUGCCAUGAAUAACAGAAGUCCUUGCACCGAUGGCCCCCGUAUACGAAGGUAUGGGCUCCCAAGUGCAAGUCUUCUCCCCCCACACUCUACAGUCAAGUGCCUUCUUUAGUGUGAAGAAGCUGAAGGUGGAGCAGGGCUCUACCUGGGACAUGACCGGCUACGGCACACUCGGCAAAGUUUACAGCCAGAGCAGCAAGAACGUGCCAGCCCCCCAGGUGGGCGUCGGCGUUGGAGCCCCCCUCCAGGUCGCCAGCUCCACCCUUCCCUACGAGCAGGCGCUCGUCUUCCCGGCCGGUGCGGGCCACGUGGCGGUGGGAGCGGCGGGCGGCGUCGGGCAGCCCCACAACCUGACUCGUCGUAGCACCGUCAGCCUGCUGGAUACGUACCAGCGAUGCGGGCUUAAGCGCAAGAGCGAGGAGCUUGACAACGGCAACGGCAGCGUGCAGAUCGUUGAGGAGCGUCCCGCCAUGAUCCAGACCGCGGCCAGCGGGGCAGCUGCCGUCACCACGGCAGCUGUUGCCACGGCCGCCGUUGCCACGGCCGCUUCCAAGAACGGCAACGCCAACAGCGAGGGUGACUACCAGCUUGUCCAGCAUGAGGUUCUCUGCUCCAUGACCAACACCUACGAGGUGCUUGAGUUCCUGGGCCGGGGCACCUUCGGCCAAGUGGUCAAGUGCUGGAAGCGUGGCACCAAUGAGAUCGUUGCCAUCAAGAUCCUGAAAAACCACCCGUCGUAUGCACGGCAGGGCCAGAUUGAGGUCAGCAUCCUGGCGCGACUGAGCACGGAGAGCGCAGACGACUACAACUUUGUGCGCGCCUACGAGUGCUUCCAGCACAAGAACCACACGUGCCUGGUGUUCGAGAUGCUGGAGCAGAACCUUUACGACUUCCUCAAGCAGAACAAGUUCAGCCCGCUUCCGCUCAAGUACAUCCGGCCCGUCCUGCAGCAGGUGGGCACGGCCCUGAUGAAGCUCAAGAGUCUGGGUCUCAUCCACGCCGACCUCAAGCCCGAGAACAUCAUGCUGGUGGACCCGGCACGGCAGCCCUACCGCGUCAAAGUCAUCGACUUCGGAUCGGCCAGCCACAUCUCCAAAGCUGUGUGCUCCACUUACCUGCAGUCCCGAUACUACAGAGCUCCGGAGAUCAUCCUGGGCCUCCCAUUUAGUGAAGCCAUCGACAUGUGGUCCCUAGGAUGCGUCAUUGCUGAGCUCUUCCUCGGGUGGCCGCUGUAUCCAGGGGCGUCGGAGUACGAUCAGAUUCGGUACAUUUCUCAGACCCAGGGAUUGCCAGCGGAAUACCUGUUGAGUGCGGGUACGAAGACUACGAGGUUCUUCAACAGAGACCCGGAUUCCACCUACCCCCUCUGGAGGCUAAAGACACCAGAGGACCAUGAGGCGGAAACGGGGAUCAAGUCCAAGGAGGCGAGGAAGUACAUUUUUAACUGUUUGGAUGACAUGGCACAGGUGAACAUGACAACAGAUUUGGAGGGAAGUGACAUGCUGGCUGAGAAGGCAGAUCGCCGGGAAUUCAUUGAUCUCCUGAUGAAGAUGCUGACGAUCGAUGCUGACAAACGGAUAACACCCAUUGAGACCCUCAACCACCCUUUUGUCACCAUGACGCACCUGCUUGAUUUCCCUCACAGCUCCCAUGUCAAGUCCUGCUUCCAGAACAUGGAGAUCUGCAAGAGGAGGCUGAACAUGUAUGACACAGUCAAUCAGAGCAAGACCCCAUUCAUCACCCACGUGGCCCCCAGCACGUCUACCAAUCUCACCAUGACCUUUAACAACCAGCUCAACACAGUCCACGGCCAGGCCACCAACCUGGCUUCCUCCUCCACCAGUGCCACCCUUUCCCUUGCCAAUCCCGAUAUCUCCCUACUAAACUACCAAUCUGCACUCUGCCAGCCGCCCAACGUAGCCCAGAGGGGCGUGGCCCUGCAGCCCGGCGCCGCCCAGCUCUGCCCGCCCCGGCCUGACCCCUUCCAGCAGGCCCUCAUCGUCUGCCCGCCAGGCUUCCAAGGCUUGCAGGCCUCCCCCUCCAAACACGCUGGUUACUCCGUGAGGAUGGAGAACGCCGUUCCCAUAGUGACGCAGGCCCCUGGUGGUGCGCAGCCCCUACAGAUCCAGCCCAGCCUGCUAACACAGCAGCCCUGGCCCAGCGGCGCCCAGCAGAUCCUGCUCCCCUCAGCCUGGCAGCAGCUGACUCACACCUCGGUGCAGCAUGCAGCUGUCAUCCCUGACGCCAUGGCAACCACACAGCCCCUGGCCAGCUGGAGGAAUUCUCAUGCCCACGGAAGCCAUUACAACCCCAUCAUGCAGCAGCCUGCCCUGCUUGCUGGUCACAUGACCCUUCCUUCCAGCCAGCCUCUGAACGUGGGUGUGGCUCAUGUGAUGAGGCAGCAGCCGACCAGCAGCUCUUCUUCCAAAAAGAACAAGCAGCACCAGCUGUCUGCCAGGAAUGUGUCGGCAUACGAGGUGUCCUCGUCGCAGGCGGUGCUAUCACCACAGCGCUCCAAGCGGGUGAAGGAGAACACCCCUCCUCGUUGUGCUGUGGUCCAGGGCAGCUCCACCUCCGGUUCUUCAUCCACCUGUGGGGGCCCCCUGGCCUGCGGCGGAUGGACUGAAGUGGCAUCCAGCACCACUAGGGACCACCAGCAGCCUCCACGCCAGACUAUUGUCAUCCCCGACACACCAAGCCCUGCCGUCAGCAUCAUCACCAUCAGCAGUGACACAGACGAGGAGGACGAUCACAAACAGGCCAACGGCAGCACAAUGUCCAAGCAGAGGAAGAACGUCAUCAGCUGUGUGACGGUGCAUGACUCGCCCGACUCGCACUGCUCGAGCAACAACAGCCCGUACGCGGUCGAGCCGCAGACGGCCAACGCCAACGGCUUCGACUCCAAGGGUGCCGUGCUGGACAACUGCUGCAACGGCAACCCGCGCACCAUCAUCAUCCCCCCUCUGAAGACGCAGUCCAGCGAGCAACUGGCCGAGUGUGAGCGCCUGUUGCCCGACACAGCAGCCCACCAGAACUCAGCGUAUAGGUUCAAGGCCUCCAACGGGACAGUGCCGGCCAGCGGCCAUUCCUUGGGGGGCGUGGCCGGGGGUGGCUCGUACCGACAGCAGCGCCCUGGGCCGCAUCCUUUCCAGCAGCAGCCCCUCAACCUCAGCCAGGCCCAGGCACACAUGGCACCAGAUCGAACCGGAGGACAUCGACGGCAGCAGGCCUACAUCGCGCCCACCAUUGCAGCCCAGGCACCGUAUUCUUUCCACCACACGAGCCCCUCCCAUACAGCCGCUGUGCAUCCCCACCUUGGCGCCACCCACCUGUCCGGCCAGCCCCACCUGUACACCUACCCUGCCCCUGCCGCCCUGGGCUCCACCGGUGCCGUAGCUCACUUGGUGGCAUCUCAAGGUUCAGUGCGGCACGCGGUGCCCCACAGCACCUACCCGCCGGCCAUGGUGCCCGUUAGCAUGGGCCACCGAGUUCUGCCCUCCCCCACGCUCCACCACAGCCAGUACCAGGCCCAGUUCGCUCACCAGACAUACAUCAGCGCCUCGCCCGGCUCCGCUGUCUACACUGGAUACCCCCUAAGCCCCACGAAGGUGAACCAGUACCCGUACCUCUAGGGCCGACUCACCGGGGCGAACCAGUCUCCUUUGCUCUAGAGUCGAACCCUGGGCCAAACAAGUGAGCCUCCAUCUAGAGCCGAACCCCGGGGCUGAACCACUCAGCCUUCCUCUAGAGCCGACACGCUAAGGUGACCCGAACCGUACCCUUACCUCUGGAGCAACACACUGGAGACCGUCCAAACGCUGCUUUAUAUGCCCUCGACUGAGAAAGACAAGUCCUUAAACCUGUCGUGCUAAACUUGAAGACAACAGAGGAGAAGAAGAUCGAUAUCGAGCCCUUCGGUGGGGAGCGAAGGGGUUGACAUUUAGGAUCAUAUUUUACACAAACUUUUUGAAAUGGCCAGUUAAUUCUUUUCUUUUUUAUCUGCAUUUAAAAUCCUGGAUCCUCGGUUCUUUUUCCAGCACGGCUUUUACGGGACAGUUGAAAGUUUUGUGACAGAUUUAUUUUUCCCCACUUUGUUCUAUUGGUUUUCCUUUUUUUUUUUUAAAUUGAAAAAGGAAGUCAGACUGUCUGUUUCAAGACGGGUCCGUUUCUCGCUGCGUGACGUUGAACGAGGAACGGGAAAUACGCGGACGUGGAUACCUGCUGCUCUUCAAACAAAAAAAAAAAAAAAAACAGAAAAUAAAACAUGAUGGCCUUCAACUGUCUUAACCGUUUCCAAAUCGUUCCCAGGCAGAGGAAAGCCUCCCCUUAAAACCGAAAGAACGACCGGAGGACUCUCUGAAAACAGAAACGAACACGCAAACGAAAAAACUUUUUAGCAUUUCUAGGUUUUCUUUUUUGUUCACUUGUAGGGAAACCUCUCUCCUUCUUAGGUAGGACUUCUAGCUGGAGCCUUUUCUAGAAUGUAGCAGUCUGCAGUCUUGUUUUGUGAGAAACUUCUUUGAUACCAACAGAACUCUGCUGCCCUCCUCUCUUUCAAUGUGAUCGCUCAUACGUGGUUAUGAGAACACAAGCAUGUACAACGUGAUUGUGUGCGUGUGCGCCGCUCUCCGCCCUCUGCACAGUUUCCUCCCCUGUUGCACCCUCCCGCGUGACUCCGUUUGCUCUCGGUCUUUACGUUUUACCGUCAUUCCUUCAUAGUGCCUUACAGACGAUACUGACGCAGUUCAUAAAGUUUACUCCGCUGGAACGUCUAGGACGAACGGGCCAGUUUUGCGCGAUGGGCACGAGGUGUGACCCAGGGCCGCGCCCGGUCUCUUCGGCCCCGGGGUCUCGCAGAACGUUGCCGUUGACGCUGAGCAGGUCUUCUCGCCCGUCACGCACGCGACGAUGCGGCGCUUCGUUGGCAUGGUAAAAAUGACCCGCCUUGGAUGAACAUUUCUUUUCGGUCGCGAAACCAAAGUCUUUAGGUGAAUUCUUGUCCUGCCCACUAGCUGCGCUGGAUUUUUGCGUAAACUCCCGUUGUUUUAGGUCUUCAUUCGCGGUCGCACCCAACAAGCGCCUCGACGAGCUUCGAGUUCGCUCGCGUUUCCAAGGGGUGGAUGGAACCAGGCCUGCGAAUUGGCUCAUGAAAACCGAAACCGUUGCCUGGGGGAAACGGCGGUACAUCUGUAGCAAGAACGUGUGUUUAGUCGAAGUAGCUCUCCAACAACCCUGGACGUGGGAAGUGUAACUUUGCGCUAGGUCUGCGGUAUGGAGGAGGGGCCAGUGGGUGUGCCCAAGGGGGUGGGGCUGGCUGGUGGGAGGAGCCACCGGCCUUUCCCAGCGGACACAAAAUCGGACGGCAGGGUAGGGAGCGGAGCUGAUUGGACAGAGCUGAGCUGGUCUGACGGGGGGGCGUGGAAAUAGGAAGGACAAAGUGAAAUCCGGCAUCAUAUUGGGACUUCGAAUUGUGUGUUGGGACUGAGCAGGUAGGUAUGGGCAGUCAGCUCCAAUCCCACAGGGUGUGGGAUGUCAAAGAAAUGCAUGACAUGGUGCGACGGGAAGCUUCAUCCAAACGCAGGGCGGUGGGUUUUACACUUUUAACGCCACAAGUGUUCUAGAAACGCCUGCAAAAACGACGCGGACGCGUCGCUUUCGGAACGGCGCACAGGCGAGGCGCUCCGAUCACACGAAAGAGUCUUAAGCUUUAUUUGAGGCUUCGUAGGGAGGUGUCGUACCGCACUCCACUUGUCAUUCUUAAAUUUCUUCUUUGGAGAUGUGCGUGCGGCGUGUUUAAGCCAAAUGUGUCACACUGCACUCCACCUUUUUUUUCUGUUUUUUUUUUUUUAGUAGCUGAUCCUGUUUUCCUCUUCCUGACAGUCUUGCCGUAGCAGUUGCAUCCAUGGGAUGAUGCGGAUUCUCCCGGCUAGAUGUGCGUGGCUGUUCUUUAGAGCUCGCUGCAAUAAUUCUCAUUGAUAUUUAAUUGACGUGUGGGUUUUUUUUUUUUUUUUUUUUAAAAGACGUUCAGUGUGUCACUGAGGGUGGGUGCACUUGGGGAUUCUCGAAGGGAGCACAUGGCGGUGUGGGUGGCACUGCUGUGACGUGUCCCCUCUCAUAGCCAUCUCACCGCAACAAUAACGGAGUUUGUCAUUGCGAUGACAAUGACAUUGUGAUGAUGAACUUGGGGGAGCCCUGAUGGGCAGGCGGCGUAAGCAUGACGAGCGCACCAGCCCCUGGGUUUCCAUGCUUCGGCCCCCACCCCGAACCCAAAGAAAACUUCCAUCUUCCAGACAAGCUCCACCGGGUGCCCAUUUUCAGUGCAUCGCGUCACCUUUUGCACCCUGCAGACCAUGGCCUCCUGGCAGCCAGAGGAACGUAACAUUGCCGGUGUGGAUUACACCAUAUUGGUUUGGUAUUUCUUUGACAGAAGGCAAUCCAGCUCGAGCAUGUUGUAAAUGGACGGGCCCGUCCUUCUGGACACGUGCCGCUUUGGAGAGAGGAAGCGUGCUGUGCGCAUCACCACUACUCCUGUCAGCCGCCGGCGCGAGACCCUGCUGCCGUCUCCUCCCUUCUGCUAAAGAAGUUCGGCAACGACGUGAUGAGCAGCAAUAACGUGCCUCCUGCCUCCAAGAGGGAUCACAGCUGUUGUUCGGUGUCCAGAAGAAGACAAAAAAACACGGAAUGCUGUACUUGCCAACUUUUUCCUCAGCAUGUGUGGGAUCUGCUUGGGGUGCGUGUCUGCACCGACACUCGAGCAGUGAUUUCCCCAUAAUUAACAUUUCUGCUGCUGAAGCACUCUACACGAAUCUAUGUUGCGUUAUCAAAUUAUGCAGUUUUUAAGUCUGCGACUUCUGUACUUAGCCGUGAUUCGGACACCUUGUACCCCGGUGAUCUCGGGGUAAAAGUUGUCACAAUUGGCUGGUGUGACUGAAAUUCACCUGUAUUGUUUUUUGGCUUUAUAACUAUGUUUUAAUCGUAUGAAAAUGUCAGAAAGCUAAGCUUGAGCAUUAGAAUCACCACAAUAACUCGUCACAAAGUGGUUGUAAAUGUGAAGCUAUAAUACGUGAAAACAUUUAGAUCUUCUGGCUACUAAGAGCAUAGAUUUCAUUUGUAUCUUUUAGCAAGAAUACCAGCUUGAAAUAGAGGUAUUGUGACAUCUCAGAUUAACUUUUCCUUAUUAAGAUUACUAUCUGUAAACUAUGAGUUUACCAUUUUAACCCUAAAAGCUUUAUUACAGUUUAAAUUAGAAUAUAUUUAAGUAUUGGAAGGAUUGAUGUAAGAUAUUCACUGUGGUAUUGAAUAUGUUUCCAUUGUACUGCUUUCUUAAGUGCGUAUGUUGUUUUCUCUGCAAGGGGGAACUAGACAAUAAGUACACGAUUAACCGAAAUUACAUUUGUAAAAUAUGAUAUGAAUAUUUCAAGGAAAUUAGUUUCAUCUGUAGCCCUGGGCGUCGCGCUGAAAUCAGUGUCUACUGCCUUCAGAAUCAUUAGCUCUGCUCGAAAUUCUGAUGAAUUGCUCAGAGAACGCCGUUUCAGAGGCUCUGCUUAAGAAGAAUGGGUUUUAAAAAAAAAAAAAAUAAUAAUAAUAAUAAUUUAAAAUUUUAAGUUACAAAUAAAAAGCAUUCAACUUCAUACUUUUUGCUGUCUGCAUUUUAAAAUGAAGUAACAUUCCUGAAGCGGUGGAAGAGCAAACCUGGUCGACCCAAUGAACUGACCUGUUUCUUGUAGAACCCCCACCCACUUAAAAUGCUGGCAGCAGGGGGGCAAUUUAUGCCAAGAUGUAUCUCCACGUGUGCAGAAUAGCCAAAUGUUAUAAUUUGGCAUUUUUUACAAAUUUCUUAGAGAACCAAAAAAAAAAAAUAAUUAACAUACUUUUUUCUAAGUAGUUGAGGUGUUGUGCUUUUCUACAUGGGUGAGCAUAAAAUCAUUUUUAUUCGUAAUGUUUGUCAAACACAGUUUCAUAAACGAGACCUUGGAACACGUGUGAAUUCAGUGUGUUUGAACGGCUUCUUCCUUUCUCUCGAGUUCCGAACCGCUGGGAUUUGUUAUAAUUUUUGCGCGGGGGGAGGGGGGGUCGAUAACACUUCGCGGGCAGAGUCGCGUUCCCACGUUCCGAAAGCCCCAGCCAAAGAUGGGCCCCCAAACGUGGGUCCGCGUGACUGCACACAAACCUGGUUCCGUCCGGAGAAGCGCUGAACGGCUGGCUACGUGACGCCGUUCACCUUGGUUACCCUUUGGUUUACCGUAGGGCUCCUUUUGCAAACCUGAACUUGAAAGCGAAUGAUAUUUUGAAUCGCACAGCAGCAAAUGUUCACAAUGAAAUGAGAAUGAACAAAAAUAUUUUUCUACUAUUUCCUGUAGGCCCGACCCUGUUCAGUGUCCAUCCGUAUGGGUUUCCCUGUGGUCUUAUUACUCAUCUCUCAUCGUGGAAGCUAUCGUGUGCUGCAGUAUUUCCUUGUGUACUACUUUCGGUUCGUUUGUUGUCUUCUUGCUCUUUAUGGUUUCGUUUUCUUUUCCUGCCGGGGUUCGAGGGGUUCGAAAACGUGUGAUGUCUCGUUUUUAUCGAUCUGUUGAUGUAGAGCUAUAUGUACCCAAUUCUUUAGACUUAUACUAUUAAGUAUGCUACGAGAAUGGACAUUUUACUGGCUUAUAGAAUGAUUUCAAUAAUAAUGAUAUUGAUAAUAAUUACAAUGAAAAAAUAUUCAUUCUUAACCAGUUGAGUACUUGCUACUAAGCGCUUGUGUUACCAUUAAGACGUUGUGUGCUUCUCUGAAUAAUCAUUUUCGUUGUAGAAAAAUGGAGUGAAUUUACGAGUCUUCAAAACUAAUGAUAGCAUUGUAAAUUUACCAAGGAUUUUAACUGAACACCUGGUUUUAGAAGAAUAUAGUUAUUUUAAUUGUUAUAUUUACUAACUGUAGGGUGCGAAGGGGCUGGAUUUGUGGUGAACUAUGUUAUAGCUUGUUAUUCACUGUUACUUUUGAUCAUUUUUUCGGUCUCCGAGGUGAAUCGAGUUAUUAAUGAGAUUUGUAUGCUCACAUAUGCAUAUUGUAUAUGUGUAGAAAUGUAAUCACAUUGUCUUGGAUUUACAUUAAACUGUUAAGUCACUA